AUGACAAGUUUAGCAAGACAACUUAAAAAUUUAACUGUACCCCAAACCACCUUGUUUAAUGUACAAGAUAAAAUAAGAAAUUCAUUAAUAUUUGAUCCAAAAGAAGCAGCUAACUUUGAUAAAGAAAUAUUCUUUUCACUAGGAGUAAAUGGUUUGCAAGAAUUAGAAUUAAUUGAUCCAAAUUUAAUAGAAUAUGAAGAAAACCUAUUUGGGGAAGUCUAUAAAACUAAGCAAAGAGUUGUGGAAGACAUCAAAUUUAACAAACAUUUAAAUGAACUAAUAAAAGAAUAUUUAAUUAAAUUAUCACCCUAUUUUAUGUUAAAACCAUCAUUGCAAACAUUAGAAUGGCUUGUUUAUAGAUAUCACAUCCAUUUACUUAAUCAAGAUGAAUUAAUGCUUUAUGCAUUACCUUAUCACAACACAAACUAUUUUGUUAGAAUCAUUCAACUAUUUGACUUUAAAAAUACAAAAUCUAAUUGGGCUUGGCUAAAAAGUUUGCAAAAAACUGGAUUGCCACUCAAUAAAAUUGAUCUCUUUAAGCAAAUUUUAAAUGAUAAUUCAUUCUUAAAAUUUAUAGGGAAUAUGCCAUUAGAAUAUAUAAAGAUUUAUAAAAAUAAUUCUCAAUUGCUCAAAACAAUAUUCAGUUUCUAUACUUCAACAAUCAUCGGAGCCAUAAACAUAUCUGGCUUAUCAGAAAAUUUUAUUUCAACACUUGCUAUAUUCAUUGAAAUUGGUUUAAAAUCAGAAAUUACCUAUUAUAAUUUGUCCACUCAUAUGAUUAUAUGUUCACUAUCUAACAAAAUAAAACUCAAAAUCAAAUUUUGGAAGACUAUAGUUAAAAUUAUGUCUCAAAAUAUAAGAGAAAAUAUUUUUCAACACACAUUGUUAUGCUUGAUAAAUAUCAUAAAUAAUCAACCAUGCCAACCAUUUACUUCCAAAUCCAUCGAAAAUCUCUAUCUAAAUCAAACAAUACUAUUUUGUAAUACCUUAAAUGCCAUUAGUUCACAAUAUGACACAUCAAUAUUUGUCACCAAAUUUGGGCAGGCCCUUAUAAAAGCCUAUUUUGACAUUUUAGCAAUUUGCGAUAAUACGCUGGAGAUGGACAUUAGCAAAAAUACAAAUAGGAAUCAGAAGAAAAUGUAUGGCCAAGGAAUGAUGAAAUUCCUUAAAAAUAUAAUAUUAUCCAAGCAAUCUACUCAAGAACAAAUUAUUAAAUUCUGUAUUGACAACUAUAUAAAGGCAUGCCAAAAUAACCCCCAUCUCGUAAAAUCCAAUGCUAAAACGUUGGCGAAAAUAUUUAACCACUUGGAUAAGAGGUAUCCCAAAGCCAUGGAAACAGUCCUAUCCACUUAUUUUUCUGAAUCUUUUGAUUCAACUGUAGAUCCUAAUGGUGAUGCAGGCAAAAAGGCUCUUAGGACAUUGGUUAAGAUGGUGACCUCACCCAAAUAUAUGAUUUUGGAUACUUCCAACACCACUCUUCAUUUGAGUUUGAAUCAUUUCAGCAAGGAGAUAAGAUGCUUGGCUGUUGAUACCCUCGUUAAGUCCUUUAGGAAUGUUCGAAAUGUUUCCAUAGAAACUAACACUCACGAUGACAAACGGAAAUUCCAAGAAUAUUCUCUUUUCGUGAAACAGUCGUUACGCGAUAAGCUUAAAUUCGAGACCGAACCCUCUGUCCUCAAGAGGUUAUUCACUACCUUCAGGAUCGAAGAGUUUAAAUCGCUCUUCCUCGUGGGUGAUGGCGACGGAAACGAGUUAUUUCGAAUUUUGUUGACCUUUUUGCAGUCCGGCCCUGUCAUGGAGAAAAAGAUAUGGCUGAAAAUUUAUAAAAAGGCACUCUACCUGUUGGCCGAAAUCGGUGCCGGAAAUAUGGCUCAUCUAUCCAGCGCGCCAUCUUCUUUGGACGAAGAAGUGUCGGGCAAGAAUCGGAAUAUUCUAGGCUUUUUCGUGACGGUUUUACCGUAUCUAUAUGCCAACGACGACAAUUUGAAGUUGUUGAGAAAACUGAGUUGCACCGAUUGGGUUAAAAAUUUCGCCCUUUUCCGAUCCCUGGAUCAAAGCGAAUGGCGGAGCUUGCUCACCAACAAAUACAAUUUACGGUCCGCUAACGAAACCCUAAUCGCCUGCGUAACAAAAGAUAUUUUAGCGUCGCUACCCGACAGGGAGCUCAUCUACCAAAUAAUUUCGGCCAUGUUGCUUAGAUGUCGUGUCGAUUUGAAAUCAUCACCUAUAAACGUUGACCAGGAUGGCGGUAAAAUAUCUAAGAUUUACUUAGAACUAGUGUGGUCCAUCAUGACACGCAUACUGAUGACCAGCUCCCAUCACGAGAUGUUGUUCGAAAACGGAAAAAUCUUUGAAGCUUAUAUAGAUGGCGUUAGGGAUCUGAUGACGUAUUUGGCCGCGAUCUCUGAUAAGGAACGAUAUUAUCCAGAUCCUCGUGCCUUCUCCAAUCUCUUUAUCGCCAACGACGGAAUCGACGCCGAAUUACCGCGUUCUUUCUUAUCCGUAUCGGAACACGUUUUACGAUGCUUCUCUCGAUCGUUGGGUGUAUUGGGACAUAUAUAUCGGGCACUUUGCCCGUCUCGAUCUCAUCUAUCCCCUUUCGAUAUCAUGCCUCGUUCACCGAAUGAUGGCGCUAAUAACUCGAGCCGCAAAAUAACGGCGCGUUUGUUGAGGAAGAUAUCGAUGGAAUGCUUACGGUUUAUCGUGAUCAAAGGGGCCGAAUGUAAGCGCGAUUUCGGAACGAUCCCUGGACAGAAUGACGAAGAGAAGAAGGUAUCCGUAUUCGAGGCCCUACUUGAUCGAGUGCUUAUUCAAAAAAUAUUAGGGCCAGACCCCAGCGAUUCCGAGAUUUUGAAGUUCCUAACCCAUUUCAGUCUUUGUUCAUUACGCUCCGCAUCGAAUUCCGAGAUUCGAGACGAUCACAAUUCGGGACUCAUGGAUUGUUUUGACCGAAUCGUCGGCUUCGAAAUGAUGGAUAAAUACCUGAUCAAAGAAAAAAUGACAAACGAUAACGGAGGCGGUCACCUUGAUAUAUGGAAUAGCAAAAUGUUUUGGGAUCAUGUGUACCUUCUAGUUUUGAACGGUUGCUCCAAUCCUCACGAAAGCGUCCGGAAAUCGGCUCUCCGAUUUUCGCGUUCACUCGCAAACAUCUCCAAUUCCGCUAAAACUGAUACCCUCUUCGAAUCCUACUCGAAGCUUGCCUCCAAAAUAAUCAAAAAAUCCGACCAAAUAUGCAAAGAUAAGAAUGCCAUAUCGCAAUUUUUGCGGUCAAAAUUUAGUGACGACAAUCCCGUUUCGCGCCAAAUCUUGAGCUCCUUGGCAUCGAAUUUAUUGCCGAAUUGGGACGACGAUAUCGGCGGCAGUAUUCGCAAUCUCGUUGUCGACAUUCCCACCGUAAUUCGAGUGAAGAUAAGAAUUCUGGAAAUUUUCGGGGAAAUUGGGAACGAUUUGGAAUUUUACAACGUAUUCUGCUCGCCUUUAUUUGCUUCCGUAACCUCCAUCUUGUGUAAAGGCCGAAAAGAUGACGGCUUUGAAGAAAUGAAGCGAUCCAUCUUAACUCUAUUUUCCCUGCUUACGUCUAAAUUAGACGUUCGUAUAAUGGGUUCCACCCAGGAACCCCUGAAAUGCAUGAAGUCGAUUUUGGAUCACUUUAACCAGGGAUCGAAUGAGGAAGACGACACUUUGUUGGAAUGCAUCGAAAUUCUGUGCCGAACGAUGACCCGAGAAAUCUUCAAUUCCAUCCCCGACUCCCAAUCUCGAUGCCAACUCUUCGAAGCCCUGCUCAAGGUCAAUACUGGGCGAGCCGGCCACUCUAAUUUGGACGAGAGGCUGGGCAGCAUACUCGCCUCCAACCCUGACCUCAUAUCGGAUACGCUGAAACCUAUGGUGGCGGAAGCAUAUGGGGGAGCGGAAAUGGUAAUGACGGAAUCGCCGGCCGGCAUUAAGAAGAUCAGGAAAAGUCUGAAACUCAACAAAGCCAAGGUACCUAUCGAAUUUAGCGGGGAUCGAGCUGUUGACGGAAGAAAAGAUCUGCCAAAAAAUUUGACGCGUGUCUUGGAAAUAUUGUGCUUAGGUGGCGCAAUGGAUGCGGAUAAUAUCCAAUCAUAUUGCGAUGUCGUGAUGCCCAUUUGCUUCCAUAUUUUAGAUCGUUAUAACGAAACGACCAAUCUCCGAACACAAAAUGAUACUCAUGUCGCGUGGCUGGCUUUGAAACAGCUGACAAUGAUAACGUCCCACGCUCGGCCACAUUUGGUCGAAUCUCGCUUCAAUAUGGCCAUUUUGCUAUCGUGCUUGCGAACUGUUGACCAAUCGGAACACGGUAAUACAAUAAUCAAGGACGCCAUUUUUGACGUUUUGAAGCGAGUCGUGCCCGUCUUUUCGGAGAGGAUUACUCAUAACGUGGUAUCGCUAUUUACUUUUAUGGGAAAUGCCGAAAAAGAUGGAAUGGUCAGAGAUGACAAAAAUACCUUCGACACUAUAUACAGGGUUAUAGAUGUGUUGGUACCUGAGCUAGUUCGGCAUUUAAGUAACGAUCUCGAUCUACCGUUGGCAUGCGCCACGUUCUCCCAAAUAUUUAGCGACGCCGUUCUUCAUAUUCCAUCCCACAGACGAUUCCCGCUCUUCCACAAACUCGCUCAAGUUUUGGCCUCAUUGUCUGCCUUACCUGUUAGUGAAUCGUCUGCUUUACCCACCGAGAAUAUGGACGAUGCGGAUGGAUCGUCUGCCUCUCUAAAUUUAAACAAAACACCUGAUGAUGCCACGUUAUCGGAAAGCGACAUAAAAUCGUCUGCCAUCGCCACUUCGGAAACGUUGAUUCGUUUGGUCGUGUUCUUGUAUUCCAAUGCAACAAAAAAUUUAGAUAACCAAGCUGAAAUUCGCCAAACUAUAGCUGAUCUCUGUUCGGAUCUUAUUUUGCGAGCCGGAAAUCAGGUUCACAACGAUGGAUCGGCGGCGCUCUGCAUGCGUAGGUUGAUGGAUCACCUAUCCUUCCUCAUUUGGAAUUCGAAUGGCAAGACUCAAACCAAACAAAAAUCAAACGUAAACCGCGAAGAUGAAAAUGAUUGGAGCAAAUCAACCAAUUUGGAUUUCCAUAUUUAUCAAACUCUAGGUGUAUUUUCCUCGGGAAUUGGCGCCAAAAACAUUUUAGCCGAAAAUCUGAGCCACUUGUUAGUCGAGUUAUUAACGAUCGCGUUUAGGCCUAGAGAAAGCCAUCCCAUAAAAGAUCAAGAAAAAUUGUCGAAAAAGCUUAUGUCUCGUUUGACCCAGUGUCAAAUCUACUUGGCUUCAUCUUCUGACAACGACAUUCCUGCACCAAUAACGCUCUUGAGUUCCAAUCUGGGUAAGGCUCUCAAGUUACUACUAAAUAAAAUCAAAGUCAAAUUCGUAAUUAAAACUUUGGCUAGCAUGAUGGGCCAGAACUGUGCAUAUUUGGAAGAGGAAACCAAUCUUAUCGGCCGUUCCCGCGCAAUGCUUAAAAAAUGCCUAGAAAUGCUUAAUCACGUGCUGGUUUUUAAGAGAAACUCGCUUCAACUAUCAAAUGAAACAAGUGUUAAAAACGAUUCUCCUUCUCUCAUAAGUUCACAAGAAAAAAAUUUGUACCUCAAAAUAAUCCUUCCCAUCCUGUCCAAAACCAUCACACAUUACUUCCGUUCUCUUCUCGACAACCGAAUGGAGGCAGAUCUGCAGGAAGGCUCUGACAGAGAUAUGGAUGAGACGAGCGCCCAACUUUCUUUGACCUGCAUUAAACUUAUUCUUCCUUUGAUCUUUCCGAAUUUGGAUGACGUGGCACAAAAUAAACUUUUGGUCGAGGAAAAUAGGAAUACCAUCGAAUCGAUCCUGGAAGCUAUUUGUUCCUUGCUCCCAUUUUUCGAAUCUUCCACCAUUGAUUUUCUCCCAAAGAAAUAUUCGAAUCUUAAUCUUUCCCUUUUGCUUUGUUUCGCGGAGGCUUUUCGCCUUUUCCCGCUCCAUUCAAUCUUAUUGACUCGUGCUUCCGAGUUCUUAACACUUGCGAUCGAAUGUUUGGUAGUGGAUGAUCAAAAUGAAGAAACAGGACCGGAUCAAACCGCGAAAUUAAUGACACGAAUAUCUUGCGGGCUUUCGGCGCUUAGCAAAGUUUUAGCGAUUAGAAAUGAAAGCAUAAUUGAUUUGGCCAUCUCACCUCACGCUGACAAAAUCGUAGAAAAGCUCACUUUAUUGACGGCUUAUUUGACACCUAAUUCUUCCCCCGCUUCCUCUUCCGCUCUCAAAUGCAAUUCGGCUUUAAAAGAUCGC